AUGUUUGGUAAUUACCAAACGAUCAAUAAUGGUGACAGUGCUCAAGCCCCUUCCGAUUCAACAUAUGCAGUAAACCAGCAAGACGCAACGAGUUCCAGUUCUCCAAUCAUGGCUGUGAGUACGCAGUUACGAAAAGCUUUAGACAACAUCUCCGGUAAUGAUGAAUUGCAAUGUGUUCCCAAACUCAUCUGCAUGAUGUCCCGACGCUCCAGCGGGCAGGGUUUUAGUACCUACGUGAACCGUGGUCUGCUGAGCACAAUUUUGAGCGCUGUCCCUGACAGUUCACCAUGGCUCAAAUUUUCUCGAGCAGCCUUACUCGGUUACGGAAUUGGGGCCAACAGCUGUGACGUGUACUAUCCUAAGUGUCCCAAGGAUGAGUCGGAGAUCAUUUACUACCUAAAUAACCAUCGAGGGGGUUUCUUUCGUUUCUUCAACGACGAACACAACUCCGCGAGUAAGGCUGAAGUUUGUGCCAAUUUAAAUUAA